GGAGAAGAAGAAGAGAGAAGAAGGGGGAAGGCAGACCCGAGCAAACCAGAGGGGGAGGAGCAGAACGAAGGCAGCUAGCCUUCACCUGAUGAAGCAACAACAGAACCAGAGCCACCUAAUGGCUCGGAACAGAGUAAGGAAUACCGGCGGCCAUGUAGGUCCGUUAUCGUCUGCUUGGCCGACUCUGCAACAGGCUCUGCAACAACAACCCAGUUCAGGUAUGAGAGCUGUUUUUCUUGGAAAUACUGGGUCCAAGCGAGAAUGUGCUCGAACAGGGGUGUUCUUGCCUCGUCCAAUCGGUAGCCCAACUGAGACCAGGAAGAAAUCAGGUUGUUCGACGGUAUUACUUCCAGACAGAGUGGUUCAGGCUCUGAACUUGAACUUAGACGCCAUGGAUUCUUCACCCCAGCUUCAGUCUUUUUCUUUCUUUUUUUUUUUAAAUUGAAAUUUCCCCCAAAAUAAUGUCGUUUUGGAGGUGCAACAGGGAUGCAUGCAGGAUUGUGCGAUCGAAGAUCCAGACUCAAAAAAAAAUUGAAAACAAAGGAAAAAGAAUAGAAGGAAAGAACAAGGAAAAGAAAGGAAAUAGUGAUGGUGAAGUGUGAGCACAUGGGCUUGUUUGGGGGA